GCACCUGGGUAAACCGGGCUCAGUCCCUGCCUGAGCGGUGGUACAGCCAGGGUCCUGCUGGCAUUUCCCACCCCGACGGUGUGCACACGCGGUCCUAGCUCUUGCUGCAGUAGGGUUAGGGUUAGGGUUAGGGUUAGGGUUAGGGUCGUGUCCUUUCCUCCGAACCCAGCACAAGGUCUGCGAAUGGUGCCUGCUCAGUGGGAGCCGGAAGGCAUCAUUUCUGUGUGCCUCACUGGCUCAGGAUCUGUGUAUUGCACUCUUAGUACAGUGCGAAAAGUUGUCUUUGGCAGUGAGGAGAGAAGAGCAGAGCUAGAGGUGAUGUCGCACAGAGGUGUUGGCAUUGGGUGAUGUCUUGGACAGACGAGGAACAUAAGGACUGAUGUUUGGGUGGGCAGGAAUUAAGUAUUUGGUUUUUUACAUGUUAUUUGUCCCUGUGUGGCAGAACGUACUAGUCCAAGUCUGGUGGGCAGCUGCCUGAGUCUGCUGCCAAGGGAAGCAGUCUCAGUGGAGGUACAGGUCUGGCGCCAUCCAUAGUUAGGAGAUACUUGAAACUAGCAGAGACUGAAGUAACCCUAGAAAAGACGGGCUGGAGAACGCCCACAGUGAGAGAGAAAGAGGCAGCUGCUGAUUGCAGCAGAGUGAAAAAUGAAGGGGAGGUGGAGGCUUGAGGUAGGUGAUCAGGAAUACACAUUAGAUGUUUUUGGCUGUGUAGUCUGUCAUUCCGUGAUAAGAGCUUCGGCCUACAGAGCACUGUCUGUCUCACAGUGAUUGGAUUUGGGGGUUUUUUUUGGGGGGGGGGGGGUGGUCCAGUUUUACCGGUGAGAAAGGUUGCCCAUGUGCAACUUGUGAAGUAGUCUUUCCAGGUGGGACUGGGAGGUGUGGCCCUGACCAGAGAGCUGCAGUACAGACAUGACACAGAGUAAACCACCCAAAGAGGAUUUGGAGGGGGACAAGAGUCCACCUCCACAGCUGAGCAGGUGGCGACCAGGUUGGUAGUGAAUAGAGAAGGGUGGAUGUGUGUCCUUGGCCCUUUAUCUCAUCAGCUUCUCUCUCCCAUCCAGGAAGAAGAACAUGUAGAUUUGGUUGAGGAAACUUCUCAUCUCUUUAACAGUAGUCUCCUCUUUAUCUUCCCAGACAACGACAAGUCCCCACACCCACACACCUCCCCGGGGCUGGACAGCCAGGAGCCAAUGGCCAGCGACAAGGCCAAACCCUGUGAGCUCAACCAAGACAAAUAUGAUGCUGACGACAACGUGAAGAUCAUCUGCCUAGGGGACAGCGCUGUGGGCAAGUCCAAACUCAUGGAGAGGUUUCUCAUGGAUGGAUUUCAGCCACAGCAGCUGUCCACGUACGCCCUGACCCUGUACAAGCACACAGCCACAGUGGAUGGCAAGACAGUCCUUGUGGACUUUUGGGACACGGCAGGCCAGGAGCGGUUCCAGAGUAUGCACGCCUCCUACUACCACAAGGCCCACGCCUGCAUCAUGGUGUUCGACGUGCAGAGGAAAGUAACCUACAAGAACCUGAGCACUUGGUACACAGAGCUUCGGGAGUUCAGGCCAGAGAUCCCAUGCAUCGUGGUGGCCAAUAAAAUUGAUGCAGACGUAAAGAUGACCCAAAAGAGCUUCAAUUUUGCCAGGAAGUUCUCUCUUCCCCUGUACUUUGUCUCCGCUGCUGAUGGUACCAAUGUCGUGAAGCUCUUCAAUGACGCGAUUCGAUUAGCUGUGUCUUACAAACACAACUCCCAGGACUUCAUGGACGAGGUUUUGCAGGAGCUUGAGAACUUUGAUUUGGAGCAGAAGGAGGAGGAAGUGCCAGACCAAGCGCAGCGUGGCAACACUGAGAGCCCCUCCCCUUCCUGAGUCAAAGACGAAAGCCUCGCUCCUCGUGGACUUUGGUGGGGUGUCCUUCUGAAUACCCUCCCGCCAGCACCCCUGCAGCUAGGAAUUGAAAAAUUCUUGCCAGCCGGCCCCUCCACCUCCUGCGAGCCCACCCAUUCCAUUUGCCUCCCCGCCUACCAUGGCCCAUAACUCCCGAGCCUUCCACAGGUGUCCUCUCCCCUGUCCUCAGGGACUGGGGCGGGGUCUGUACCAGCAAGCACCCUUGGCUGGUGCAAGACAGGCAGAGUAGACCCUGAAGCAGAAUUAGAGAUCAGUACCCUCAGCCUCCCCAGCUUGUGCAGUGGCUGGGAAGAGCUUCAGGAAACAGGCUUUGUGUGUGUCUCCAAUAAAAGGAAAUUAAGGUGUUUUCUCCCCCAGAAUUGA